AUGGAGAUGGAGUUGUGGCCGUGGCGGUGCAACAACUGCCAACGAAUCAACAAAAAACAGGCUAUAAAGUGUGCACUUUGCUAUGCACACUGGACGAGUGGAACUCGUCACAAUACUCAACCCAAACAGCAGCCGCAGCAUCAAGAAAAUGCCGGCUGGCAGGAUUGGGGGAAAUGGUCCCGGGAAUGGGACGAAUGGGCGAGCACACGCAGUGCCAAAUCAGACGCUUACAAGAAUCAGAAAAGCCACAAAGGCAACAAGGGCCAGCACAAAGGGAAGGGCAAAGGAGGAAAGAGCAAAGCAAAAGACUCUGCCAAUGCCUCAAAGCAGCAAUCCCCCUUUGCUCCGUUGGCGACGGAAUUGCCUCCCUGGCCGGCUUUAGAGAGUACAACAGUGAAUCUCAUGCCUUCAGUUGCCUCGACCUCAUCCCCUUUUACAGCAAUUCAGGCCAACGAAUCCAUUGCACAAAAAAGGGAAGUUGUGAGUGCUCUGAAGACAGCAUAUACGGACCCGGCUAUGAUGCCGCAGGACACAAGAGAUUUGAUUGUCAAGAUGGAAACGGACAUAGAGAAGCUCGAGAAGGAACAUUCCAAAGCGACCACCAAGAAUUUGCACUCAGCGACAACAGCGCUGGGCAAGGCACAGAAGACGUUGACAGAAACGUUGGAAGCCAAGCGUGUCCAUCGUGCACGUUGGACAAAGCAUGUGGCGGAGGCAGCAAAGACUUGGGAGGGACAGCUCCACGAAUACCGUCAACAACAAGCAUCCCUGCAGGAAGUGGCUACAAAGGCCAGAGCCGACAUCGAAGGUGCCAGAAGCGCCAUUCAGGCGUUGUCAUCGAAAGCCACUCCGGCUACCCUUGCAGCGAUGCCCCCCAUUGCAGCAGUCACAGCCGAGACCGAGGACUUGACCGUGGAUGCGGACAACGAAGAAGAGGCUAUGCAGCAACAAUUGCAGACUGUGCUUCAAAGUUGUGCCGCCUCCUUGGGUCUAGAUCUGACAGCCCAAGGUCAACACAAAGGGCUCUCGGAGAUGGUGGCAGAAGACGAUGCCUUCAACGCUGCAGACCAAAACAGACAAAAGAGACCCCGAUCUCUCGAGCCGUUUGGUGGUGGGGCGCCAUCUGCGUCCACUCCUACAGAACACAAAGCCACGUGA